AUGCGUUCCACUUUCAAUGGCGGAGGAAAUGCUGCUGCUACGGUUCGCUCUCCUAAAACGCAAGACUAUCCUGUCGCUGCUCCGGUCUUUGUGAAAAAUCGCUACGGCCGUGAAGACAUGCUGGCCUUGAUGGGAGAAGCUGUUGGCCAUCCACCUCCUGAAGGUCUACAAAACUGUCCUUUUUAUGUUGAAGAAGCCCUUCCACCGAUAGUGUGCUAUCCUUUGUCGGAUUUGGAACAGCGUCUUCAACAAAACAUUAAUUCGUCCAAAGCGAUGUCGUCACUCUCUCACGCAGAACGUGCCAGUGUGGCCACUGGUGCGGCAUAUUCUGGCGGUGGAAAUGAUACCAGUACUGCUGGGCACAAAGGAGGUUCUGGUGGAUGGACUCCAGUCAAGCAAUGGGGUCGGAAUCAUCCAAGCACUGGUGGUGCACCUGUGAAAGGAGGAGGCCAGUCUCGACCAUAUGUACCACCAUGUCGAAAUGGUGCACGAGGAGAUAGCACCAGUAGCAGUCAAGAUCAACCGCAAUUAACACCCUUUGGACAAAGAUUUGGUAAGUUAGUUCUGAUUCAAAUCGAAUUUCAGGGUAAUUACAUUAUAAUUUUGUAUCGAACACCUUUUUAA